AUGCUGAUGCUCACCAGGCGCUGCGUGGGCGGCUUGCCGCCCUAUUCAGCCUUCCUUCAGGGUAGUCGGUCUUCUCCCUUUAAAAUAAUAUUGCUCUUGAAAUAUAACUACAUACUGAGAUGUGGACGAUAUGGCAGGAAGAGAUUUCUUAUUUUAUAUAUAGCAGCCGUAUCUUCGUCUGAUAUCUGA